UACGUCAAGAUUAAUCAGUCUGAUUUGUAAUAGCAUAGUAUAAAGUUGCGAGUCAUCAAUCAAUCUUAAAUUUUGUAUUUAAAUAAUUUUUUUAAUUCAUAAAUAUGGAAAAGAAAGGUAGUUUUAUUCGUGUUAUAGAAGAUGAAGCACAUUUUCGAUCAGAAAUUCAAGGUGCUGGAACAAAAUUAGUAGUUGUCGACUUUACAGCAACUUGGUGUGGACCAUGCCAAAGAAUAGCACCAAUUUUUGAGCAAUUAUCAACCAAAUAUCCACGAGCUGUUUUUUUGAAAGUAGAUGUUGAUAGAUGUCAAGAAACUGCCGCAAAUGAAGGAGUUUCAGCUAUGCCUACUUUUAUUUUUUAUAGAAAUAAGACAAAGGUAGAUCGAUUACAAGGCGCUGAUCCAACUGGCUUGGAGAACAAAGUAAGAUUAUUUUAUGGCGCUGAUGAAGGAGACACUGGUGAAUCGGGCGAAUCUGGCGUUGCUGGUCAUAUGGAUCUUGGAGUUUUUCUUGAUAAAAGACAGUGUGAAUGUUUAAAUGAGAGUGAUGAUCAUCAAUUCGAUGGCGCAUUAACAUCUGACGAUAAAUUUUUGGAAUCAGAUUGUGAUGAACAGCUGAUAUUGUCGAUAACGUUUAAUCAAACGGUUAAAAUACAUAGUAUAGUUAUAAAGGGACCAGUUUCUAAUGGUCCUAAGAAUGUGAAGAUUUUUAUGAAUCAACCUCGUACUUUAGAUUUUGAUCUUGCAAAUUCUUACACAUCAGUUCAAAAUUUGGAAAUCACACCAGAAGAUUUAGAACAAGGGAAUCCAAUUAACUUACGUUAUGUUAAAUUUCAAAAUGUACAAAAUUUACAAUUAUUUUUUAUGGAUAACCAAACUGGUGCAGCAACUACUCGUAUUGAUACUAUUAAAUUUAUCGGAUCUCCUGUUACAACAACAAAUAUGUCCGAUUUUAAACGUGUGGCUGGCAAAAUUGGAGAAAGUCAUUAACAUUGAAGAGCGAUUUUUAAAACGAUUGAAAUAUUGAAAUAAAUACACAUUUAUUAUAAAUAAUAUUUAUAAUAAAUAACAAAGCAUUUUAAAAUAUUAUAUUUAAAAAGUGAUUCCAUUAAAUUUGGUAACAUUGUUACGUAACUAAAAAAAAAAUUUGAUAUAUUAUUUAAGAAAAUCUAACAUUAUAACAUCUUAUUACAAAUUUGUCAAUAGCUUAAGUAGCUAAAUAAAUACAUUUCAAACAUC